AUGCCACAACUUGAUAUCCUUACAAACCUAGGAAAAUGGGGUCAGUGGGCUUUGACGAAUUGGAAUAAUGGAGUUUGGACUGCUCCAUUUAGAGGAAUGCCUGCUGUUAUUAUGGAUAUUCCCAAAUCUAUUACUAAUAAUUUUGUUUACAAUGCAGAAAACUCUACCCAAUUUAUGCUAUCACAACUGGAUAGUGCUUUAGCUUUCAAAAUUAUUCAAGAUCAUGAACGUAGAAAGUUGAUUGCGUAUUUUGAUACUUGGGCAAGUCUGGAUAAAGCAUUUAAUACAGAUUUCAACUUCAAAGAAUUUAAAGAAGCAGAACCAAAACAAGAAUUCAAAUGUUUCGCAGAAGGACUUAGAUGGACAGAAAUAGAAGAGGAAGUCUUUAGGAAAAAAGAAGCAAUCUACUUCAAAAAAUAA